GAGGCCCGGCGACUGUACGGACAGAUGUUCGGUGACGAGCCCGCUCGAGUGGCGGUGUGCGCGCCUGGAAGAGUGAACCUAAUAGGAGAGCACACCGACUACAACCAGGGACUCGUGCUUCCAAUGGCCCUUCCUUUAGUGACUGUGGUGGUGGGAAGUGAAAUAUCCGGCCAGGAUGUUACCGUGGUAACCGCAGCCUUCGACGCUGACGAGCCUCACCGGUUGGACUUCUGCCUGUCUAGUGAUGGAUCUGCACUGUCUCCAGGGUUACCCCGCUGGGCCAACUAUGUAAAGGGUGUUAUACACCAUUACAGGGCUUCUCCAGUCCCAGGUUUCAGGGCAGUGAUAGCCACCAGUGUCCCCCUGGGUGGAGGACUGUCCAGCUCUGCCUCUCUAGAGGUGGCCUUUUACACCUUCCUGCAGCAACUCAAGCCAGGUUGGAGUCAUAUUAGAGGACAUGGCAGUGACUGAAUACUUAAUUCAAGUAUUUCUGUGUUAUACUGCUUUCUUAGGCUACGUCC